AUGGGAGAAUUAAGACCAUCUAGGAUGUCCGUACAACUUACGGAUCGUUCUGUUAAAUUCUCCUUAGGCAUGUUAGAGAACGUUCCGGUGCGCACAGAUCAAUUAUAUAUUCCUACUGAUUUUAUAAUCAUGGACAUAAAAGAGGAUUCCAAUAUCCCUAUCAUAUUAGGAAGACCAUUCUUAGCCACUGUCGGAGCUAUUAUAAAUGUUAAGAAAGGCAAGCUAACCUUUGAAGUUGGUGAGAAAAAAGUCGAAUUUAUUUUGACGCAAUUCUUAAAGGCAUCAACUAUAGACGAUACAUGUUGUCUGCUAGAUGUCAUCGGCGAAUGUGUAAGAGAAAUGGAGAAUGAACAAACUCAUACUCCGAAAUACUGA